GAAGUUAAGCAGUCUGAAGAUCUGGAUGUAUCCGCGUCGUGGUUUGUAUCGUUAGCAUCAUCAUUGUUGUCAACGACUAGUGAGAAUUAUAUCCAAUACAAAAACAUUUGUUUCGAAAUGAUCGAUCUGCUAGUCAGCUGCAAGAGCAAGGUAGCAUACACCAGUGGAGCGCAGGGAUUGUGGAACAGCCUGUACAUGCUCUCUCGCGUCUAUCCGGAAAGCUCUCGCUAUAUGGCAUUGAAGUUGAAUAGGCCACUUAAUGAAUGGGUACCACUUCGAGAAUGGUCUCGUUUAUACAAACUAGAAGAGAUGAAAAUGGCCUGGCACAUUCCAAAUGAAAGAGGAAAAGCAGUUAUUGAAGAGAUUCUGAAGAAGUUUCUGUUCCCUGUCAUGGACGAGAUACAAACUGUGCAUGUUGACAGAGAAAAACUGAAGAAAGCUUUCACGAUAAUCAACUCAAUUUUCACUGGUGGUGCCACAUGCUUUGCAUUGCCAACGUCUCCUCAAUAUCAAAGUCCAAGCAGUUCAUUGCCAUGGUUUAACCCUAACAUUCCAAAUUCGGCUGUUUAUAGGAUGGAUAUACACCAUCCGAAUGGCAGGAACGUUAGAGAGAUGCUCGUAGAUCUCAUUGAGAAAAUUAUCAGUCGAACAGAGACAUCUCGUCGAGAACACAGCCAAGUUCUUGUGACCAUCUGCUCGUUGCUACACUAUGUAAUUCACACUAACUACAUCGAUUCGAGUGAACUGGUGACGGCGACAGAGGAGCAGAACGAGGUUUUCGCAUUUUUGACUGAUCCGAUCCGGAAAGAAUUUCCAGCUUAUGUCUACGGGGCUCUGGCAUAUGUGUGCCACAUGAAAAAUGCGACCUCUACUGCGACACCUUUGACAGAGUUUCAUUUGCGAGUCACAAGACUUCUGAUACGUCUCGCACUUAACAUUUAUCCCGAGGUACGUCUCGCAGCGCAGACCGAACUGUUCCUUGUCUUUGCCGAAUACACCAUCUCAAGGGAGGCUGUUCUUGACAACGUGAUACCGGUGCUGACUGAUGCGAAUUCGAUCAAAGAAAAGAUCAGGGUC